AUGUUGAGAGCAUUGAGCACAAGAACAAGCCGUCGUGGCUACCAAAGAUUAGUUGCUGACGAAUCUUUGGUAUCCUCGACUACCGAUAUCCGUCGAGGAUGCCAAAGAUUAGUAACUGAUGAACGUGCAGCCACUAGUCUUUUACAUGGAAACUUAAAGAGGUCUACGACACUGCCUGCAAAACUGCCGCGAUGUGCUAAAGUAAACGAUAUUAAAGUGAAACCUGCUUCUAAGAAGCUUACCAAGAUUGCUGCUCACCCGCUCUUUACUCUCUUUGAUUCUCGCCGGAAGAAGAAAACUACGGCCAAUCCGGAAUUGACUAGAUACUUGCAAUAUAUGAGGGAAGGUGGGACGUGGAAUGCUAAUUCAAAUAUGCCCGUCAUCUUCUACAAAUGA